AUGAUGAGCACUCCUUUCCAGGAGCACCGGAAUGACAAGCAGUUCUUGCUGCAGGCGCUGCGGGCGACAAACAGCGGAGGAACGUCACCGCAAAACAUGAAUGUACCUUACCUCUUUUUUUCGGAGGCGGUGCGUGCCACGAACGCCUACUGGCUCUUCCAUUUCGCGGCCGACGAGCUGCGGACGGACCACGUCCAGGGCCAGUGCCGCGCUGCUUGUGGCACCGGACUCGUGUUCACGUACUACGACACACUCCUUGCCGACAUCUGCCACAGCUUCCCAUUCGCGGGCGCCUCUGUGCCCGGAGGCCGGGGCCGAGAUGACCAGGUCGUAGAAGAGAAACGAGGGAGGAUUCUUUCUGUCGCGUUUGCGUGGCUUCGCGAGGCCUACGACCAUGUGAUGAAGGAGCUGGACAAUCCUGACAGGAAGGGCAGCUCCUUGGCGGGCAGCUUUGAGUUGGAGGGGGAGCCUCUCUCGGGCACUGCCACCGUGUGGUUCGGGGACGAGCCAGUCUGGGGCCAUGAGGCUGCCAACGGCGAGUGGAAACAUCCAAGCGAGGAGUGCGGCCGGGACCAGAUGCCGGUCCCGCCGGUCGAGGGUCGGGACGAGAAAUGGCUCGCGCGCCUGGAGGGUCGCAAGGAUUCGGUGGUCAGCUGGUGCUGCCAUUGGCUCCGGAAGGUGAAGGAGCACUAUGACGCCGGGGAGGUCAUUUGCGUGGCCGUCUCCAACAUCUAUGGUGCAGACUGGGUGAAAGAGUUCGGCGCCGGCUCGUCGGAGCUCAGCGACGAGGCUGCUGAGCUUCAUGGCCUGCAGAAGGAACACUUCCGCAACGGGCGGCCCCAGAGUUGGGGCGAGGGCAAGAUCCGCACCAGUGAGGGCAGGGAAUUCGAUCGCGCGGCGAAGGUCCACCCGCGAACGAAUAAGCCGUUGGGCGCCGGCUGCCGCUGGGAGCGCUGGGCGUUGGACCAGCAGCCGUUCCCGGUCUAUGCGUUUUUCAGACCCUGA